UCUCCCCAGCGAGCAGAAGGGGAGAUUACUCUGUGCUCACAUCAAAGGAGCUCCUGUCUGCACUUCUCCUGCACCAUGGACAAGUCCAUCUCCACAUUAUUACUGGUGUUAUCCUUGCCAUCCAUUGUGUACGGUGAAGGUUUUGCACUGGUACCAAUUGAACUUGUUCCUGUUCCCUGCAAUGACAAAGCAGUGGAGAAGCUGUCUCGCUUGGCCGUCACUUACAUCAAUGAAGAUCGCACAGAUGGCUACAAGUUCGCCCUCAACCGCAUUGCUAAUGUCCACCUGCAUGCUCAGGGCCCAGCAGGCAAUGUGUAUUACCUGGACCUGGAUGUCCUGGAGACCAAGUGUCACAUCGGCAGCCCAAAGCCGUGGAAACGCUGUGACGUCAGACCUUUCAUGGAAACACAAAUCUCUGGCAACUGCAACACCACUAUUCUUCACACACCAGAGGGAUACUCCUACCUGUACAGCUAUGACUGCACUCUAGUGCCAGAUCCCCCAGAGAAGCUCCAGCAGACAUGUCCAACCUGCCCCCUGCUGCUGCCUGUGGACAGCCCAGAGGCUGAGAGCACUGCUCAGUUCACUCUGGCAUUCUAUAAGAGACAAUCCACACUGGGUGCUGGACUCGGUAUAAAGAAGAUCACCAGAGCUGCAGAACAGGUUGUGCCAGUGAAAGCCAGUUUUGUGGAGUACACAGUCCAAGAGUGUCCAGAGGGAGUGACAGAGAGAGGCACCUGCCAGCGACUGACACUCGACUCUGACACAAAGACUGCAGGUUUCUGUGCAGGAUCUGUGCAUGGAGACAUGAAACUCUAUCCUGAUGUUCAGGUGUCCUGCGAGAUGUUCAAACUACAGAAUGUUGACAUCCUCAGACCAGUGCAGCCGCAGGGUCACGACCUCCCCCAAGACCAUGUGACCCCAGUCCUCACUGUUCUGAUUGAUGACCCAGAAAACGGUCGGCAGCCUCUUUCCUCUGACCCUACAUCAAGCCCUGCUGUUCAACCAGUGCCGUCUGACCCCUCGCUUGUGGCUAAUCCUUCUUCCAUCCCCCUCAGCUCAUCUUCCAGUGAGUCUGCUGAAUGUCUAGUAAACCAGCAACAACCACUGCCAACUGCAAGUCCUUUUGAUUCAUCCUCUGAAGAAACUGGAGGUCCUGUUGCACUGCGCCCGCCAUUUAAUUUCCGCUAUCAGAGACGUGACCGCAAGAAACGGCAGGCCUUAAAGAAGACUUCAGCAUCUCCCAACCCUGUCUUCCUGUCGAAUUUCCCCAGUGGGCCCUCUCCUUUCCGCUCUUGUCCUGGUCCUGAUCGGUACACCACAGUUUAACUGGUGCUGCACAGGACUACGUUUGUUCAGUGAAAGGGUGGACCAAUAAACUGUUCCACUCCCUGUCACUGGAGGCUUGUAAUAAUUUUUGCUAAUAUGUGGGAGGAAUGCUUUCUCUUUUCUCUCUUUCAG